AUGAUUUAUCGAUCUAGUUUAGCAUUACAUAAAUUGAUACAUAAUAAUGAUGAUUUGACUGAAGAUUUUAUAUAUUGGUCAACAAAAUUGAAUAAUGAUUCUGGAAAAGGCGUCAGUGUUGGUGGUCAAUUCCUUAUUGAUGAUUCUCAGCAACAAAAUUCUCAACAUCAAUUAGUAAACAAUAGAACAAUCAAUAAUGAUAAUAAUGAAAGAAUAGUGCCAAAAAAUAAUACAAUUAUUAGUCAAUUUAUUUUUCCAUCGUUAUCAUCAUCAUCAUCAUCAUCACAAAGUGCCCAAAGACGAUCAUAUGAAGAUGAUUAUGGUGAUGGUGAAUCAUCAUCAUCAUCAUCAUCACAAUCAUUGUUUAAAUCAUUGAUACCAAAAUCACCAUUUAAAAAACCAAUUAAAAAAAUAUUCCGAUCAUGGUUUGAACCAAAUCCAGAAGCAUUGGAUGAUGAUUCGACUAGUAGUUCAUAUUAUUUUGCACGACCAAAAUCGAAUCCAUUUCAUCAUGUUGUUCGUAAUACAAAUUCUAUACAGGAUUCAUCGACAUCACGUCAAGUUCCGGCAGCAUCUAAUUUUGUAAAAACAACGUCAACAACAGCAACAAAAUAUGCCAAUUCUUAUGCCAAUCACGAUCCUCAUUAUCAACAAUAUAAUAAAGCAUCCAGUAGACAAUUUUCAAUUGGAGAUCCGGUCAAUGGAAGAGGAUUGACACUUUCAUUUGGCGAUACACCACAAUCAAGUGAACCAUCAAGUUAUUCUGCACAAACCAUCGAACAAAGUCAACAUUAUAGCCACGAUUCUGGCAAUGGUGGUGGAAGAGGUUUAAGUUUCUCAUUUGGCGGUAAUGGAGGUCCUGGUUCAGGAAUGUCAUUGAAUAUUGGAAGAGGUAACAAUGGUGAUGGUCGUGGAAUGUCCCUUUCAUUGGGUAGAGGAAAUUCUGGUGGAUCUGGUUUAAGUUUCUCAUUCGGCGGCGGUGGUGGUGGUGGUGGUGUUGGUGGAAGUAGUUAUGCUCAAAGUGGUUCAGAAGGUUAUCCAUCAUAUUCAUCAUCAUAUGGUGGUGGUGGUGGUGGUUAUAAUUCAAACGGAUAUGGUAUUAGUUAUGGAAGUAAUUACAAAAAUUAUGAUUAUUAUCAACCAGUAUUCAGUAUGGUAAUGCCAUCACCUGGUAAAAAAGUGGUGGAAUAUAAUCAACAUCCACCAAAAAUGAAAAUGAAAAUUAAUUCCAGUCCAAAGGUAAAAAUUACGACAAACACAAAAGAUCCAUUAGAAAAACCUGGUUUAGAGGAUGAAGUUAUACAGGAUGAUAUAUUUGGACCACCAGAACCAUUUGAUAAACCGAAUCGAACACAAUCAACAAUGAAUAAUGAAACGAUGCCCGGUAUACAUAAUAUGACAAUGAUGAUGGGUCAUUUUAAUCAAUCAAUGUUUCCAUACGGUUAUCCAUAUUCGUAUCCAUAUUAUUCACCUUAUCAUCCACAUUAUUAUCAAUAUCCAUAUAAUUAUUAUUAUAAUUAUUAUCAACAAUAUCCACAAAAUUAUCAUCAAUAUAUGAUGAAUGCAACAUCGAUGUAUGCCAAUCAUAAUAAUAAUAAUGUACCACCACCACCACCACCACCAAAUCCGGUUCAAUCGAUGCAUUCACAACAACAUUCAAGACCACCACCAGCACCACAGGCACCGGCACCACCACCGCCAACAAAUCAUCCACAAUAUCCAGGCUAUUCACAAUAUGCAGCAAGUACAAUGAAUAUGCAGAAAACAAAUACGAUACCAUCAUUAUCAUCACCACCAAUGAACUAUAUGAGUAUGCCUGUAUCGGCAUCAUAUUCAAUGGAACCAUCACAAUCAUCACAAACACAAUCACAAUUAUCAACCAUUUAUGGUUCAAAUAUUAGUCCAAUGGGUCAGAUAAUGAAAACAUCACAACCAUCAUCAACAAUAUGGCAACCAUCAUCAUUACCAGGUCAGCAACAGCAACAAGUGGUUAACUAUCAUCAUCAUCAUCAUCAUAAUCAGGUUAAACCAAUGACCACAACAACAACAACAAUGAUUGAUAAUAGUAAUAGCCAUAUUGGUGGUUAUAAACGAUCAUCCGGAUCAAGAAAUUAUCAAAAAGAUAUGUUAACAUUAAAUUCAUUGCAACCAAGAAAAUCAUAUAAUAAAAAACCACAAGCAUUGUAUAGUAUGAAAAGAAAUUCAAAUAAAUACUAUAGCUAUGAUCUGAUGCAAACAUCUGAAAGUCAACAAUAUCCACAACAACAACAACAACAACAACAACAAUAUUCAGCAGCAAUACAGCCAUACAAUUAUACAGCAUUAUUAUCACCAUUGUUGAUGAACAAUAAUGAUGCAAGUAAAAAUUAUUAUCAAUAUAUGAUGCCAGGAAGUGGUGCCGGUUAUUCAUUCUUCAAUAAUAAUACAAUGAAUGGUCAACAUUAUAAUGCAACAAAUUAUUGGAAUGCAUUCAAUUAUUAUUAUAAUAAUCCAUAUUAUUAUAAUUAUUAUAAUAAUUAUUAUAAUUAUGCUAAAAAAUAUUAUGAAUCAUAUUAUGGUGGCAAAAAGAACAAAACAUCUUCUGGUUAUUAUUAUCCAAAAAAUAUAACAUCAAUCACCGGUUUUAGUCAGAAUAGUUUUGAUUAUGAACAAAGUAAACGUUUUGGUCAUCGUACUAUUAAACAUCAAGGUGGCAGUACAAAAGAAGAGAAAGCACGUGUCAUAUUGGAUAUAAGACCACGAGUGACCAUUAAAAUGUUGAAUAAAACUGAACAAGCAAUGCAAGAUGAAGAAUUGAAAAAAAAGAAAAAAGAUCAUAUAUUUAAAACACAUAUGGAAAUUAUUAUGGAUACAACAACUACAGCGAAACCAUAUUAUAAUUAUGAUAGUUAUUAUGGCUACAAUUAUGGUCCAGAAGUUGAUGAUUUUGGUUGGACACAUGAACCGCCGUACGGUACGUCGGAAACAACGACACCGAAACCAAGGCCAACAACAACGACAAGAAGAAGAACGACAACCACUGAAGCACCAAGUAGUUCAGAAGUUAGUGAAGAAGAAGAGAAUGGAACCAGUGAAUCGACAAGUGUCGAAGAAUCUAGUACUGAAGAAGUGGAUGAUCAAUCUUCUUCCACUACAUCAACAACCGAAUCAAGUGAUAUUGAAUCGGCUAGUGGUGAAGAAGUGGAAGAAGAUAUUUCUGGUGGUGGUAGUCAAGAACAACAAGAAAGUUCAACUACAUCGACAACGACAACCACUGAAUCAAGUGUAUCGGAAUCUGAAGAAAUCGAUAGUGAUGGUGGUGGAGCUGAUGAAGAAAUCAUUGAAGGCAAUGAAGAUGAAACAAAUAAUGAAUCAGAAGCUGAUGAAGAUGAAGAUAAAAAUAAUGAUCAAGAUGAGGAAGAAAAUGAAGACAAU